AUGCCCGUUGACGGAGACAAGUCACGGCGGAUCUGGGCACCAUGGAUUGCGUUCACAGCUCCAUUACGAGGCGGCGUCUUCAAGCGCCCCAGCCGGGGCUGGCGCCCGCUGGCCCUGCGUCCGCCAUACCUCGCCGCUCUCUUCUUCCUGAUGCUGACAAUGUUCAUGGUGGUGGAAGCACUACGGCAAUAUAGCGUGAUCAAGGGUGGUCUCUACUUUUUCGAUGAUACCGACGAUGUCUCCGCCCUCCUUUCGUUCUUAUAUGGAUAUCUGCCCAUUAUCAUCUCCUUACUGCUGUUUAUUGUCUGGAUAAUCACGGACUUCGAUGUCCUCCGCUUGGAACCGUACUACCAAUUGUCUCGACCCGAAGGAGCCCCUGCGACCGUCUUGUUUAUCAAUUAUAAUUUCGGCCAAACGAUCCUGACUCCUAUCAAUGCCGCUCGUCGCCGCCAUUGGAUAGUCCUCUGGGUUUCAAUGAUGACCCUCGUGAUGCGGAUGAUCCUACCAGCCCUGCAGAGUACGCUUUUUGAGCUGAGAGAGGUGGAUGUGAUCGACCAUGUGCACAUGCGAAGUUGGCCUAAUUUGGUGGAUCUGGACACCCAGGCAAAGUGGAUGUCAACGCAGGCGAAUAAUACAGUGGAUGAUGUGCUUUCGUCGGAUGACUAUGUCCAUCGAACAAGGUCGAAAGACUACGCUCUUGCUCCGGUAGAGAUACCCGACGAUGGCAGUGCGGAUACUCUUUGGAACAUAGACCAGACCUUGUACUGGGCACAACUGUCCUGCGAGAACGUAUAUGUCAAUCGAGAUUUGACAGUGACGAUACAGAACGGCGCAGGCAGCGAGAAACGGAUCUCCUGGAGCGCAUUCGGUACUGACCCCAAUGACGAUGUCAAUGCGUCGAGUGCAUGUCAACUCGACUUCAAUUACACCAGCAUCUUCUUUCCGGAGACCGAUUUCCUCCAAGUCCGGUAUUGGGAGCCUGCUAUCUCCCAGUUGCUCAAGGCCGAGUACCCAAACCAGACCCAUGCCUUCACUGCGACCGGUUGCGACCCAUACGAUCUCUACGGGAUGAUGAUCGCUGUCAAUGCGACCAACCAAGACCCCAAUAACUCCCAAUAUACCGCCUCUGGGACAGCUUUCGCCUGCGACAUAGAGUAUCAGAAGGCCAAUGCGGAUGUUCAGAUGCAUUCUAACAGUUCCAUCACCAAUAUCAAAAUUCGCCAGUCUACCACUCAAACUUUGACUUCCCACGAGUUCAACAUUGCCCAAUUCCAUGCCCUACUCUCCCAGCAUUCUCCUUAUACCAGCGAUAUGCUUUUCAUCCGCGAAAAUACUACCACAGACAGUCGCAUUGUCACAGAGCUGCCAGUCAUCAGCCAGGAACUAGGCGAACUCGAGCCACUCUUGAUUCUCGAUACCGCCACCGUCAUGACCCAGGCUCAGUUCGAGAGCCGUAUCCGCCGCGAUGUCAAACAAACAUUCGUCUUGACACUAGGCCGUCUCUUCGACCCGGACCGUGGGGCAACGAUCAUCCCAGCAACUAGCACCACUGCGCAAGUUGCAUUGGCGAUUGUGAACUUUGCUGCUAUCUCCACCGAGCUCAUAUUGGCCUUGGCUUGUCUGACUGCCCUAUAUCUUAUCUUCCUCUACCAAUCCCGAGAAUCAUUUCUGCAAAGCGAUCCUGGCUCCAUUGGUGCCAUGUGCAGCAUCGCCGCGGACGUUUUCCAUCCGUUCAACUUGCUAGCAAAUCCCCAUGCCGAAUUUCACCAAUUCUCCACGCGGCAACUGAACCGAAUGCUCCGACACGCUCGAUGCUAUUGGCGCAUGGGCCCAUACGGGAAUCGGCUCGAGAUAUUGGCUGAGGACGGAUCCCCAGUUCUGUUGGAGGAAAACCAAGGAACACGCGUUGAUCCGAUGCCCCACUUUCUUCUUGUGCCCUUUUUCAUCAUCGAGUUCCUUGCUUUGGCAGCAAUCAUCAUUCUGAUGGCUUUGGUCGUCUCUUCCCUCGAACGUGAUGGUCGAUUCCGGCACCUUACGCAAUCUGAUUCGAGCGCGCUCCAAGUCGUUCUCUCCGUCCUUCCCUCCAUCGUUGCAUCGUCCGUGGGAUCGCUCUGUACCUCUAUAUACCGCAAUCUUGCAGUCCUUGAACCAUGGGUUCACCUUCAGCGAGGAAUGGCGGCUGCUGCAUCGUCGCUUUCUCUCAACUAUGCGUCCCAAAGCCCCCUGAUGGUUUUCAUUAAGUGCGUUCGGAACAAGAAUGUACUGCUUGGUCUCGUUUCCAUGGCGUGUGUCGUGAACAUGGCCCUCACAGUUGUUGUCGGUGGUCUAUUCAGCCAGGAAUUGCAAACUUCGUCAUUACCAACCGACGACUUGACAUUCAAUUAUAGUCGAUCCACGUUUUGGCGCAACGACUUUGCGGCGGAGUUCACUGAAUAUGAUUUGAUCCAGACUAGUAUCACCAGUGGCGUUCCAAUGCUGUCGUGGACUAGUUCCAACCAAUCAUUUAUUCCGGUGAUGGUCAGGGAUGGGGACCCCAGUGUUCUAUACGGAGCAAACACGUUAGGCAUCAGUGCGUCUCUUGAGUGCGCGCCCCUUACCCCUGAAGAUGGUCUCAAGUACAACAAAACGAGUGGGGAGAGCUACUGGCAGUAUUCUCUCUUCGCGGAUGACUCGGUCGAGUGCAUUGCGCCGAUGCCACCCCUCGGUAAAGACGAGGGCAUUGCACUGGCAGUCCAUUUCCUGUCCCCGUUCGACAAGAGAACAACCGGACGGAAUCAAACCGAUGCUUGCCAAACAGCUACAGUGUUAGUGGUAGGCCAGUGGGACUACAUGGCUGACACGUCAGUCACCGAUAACAACUCGGUUGCGUUGCACUGUGAACCAAAGAUCCAAAUGCAAGACUUUGCGAUCACUUUCGACAGCAGGGGCCAAAUCAACUCCCAUUAUUCCGUUCCGAACACUUCAAUCACCGAUGGGAUCAUGUACGAGAAUGCGACUGUCAGCCUCGGUCAAUUCAAUAAAGUGUUCGCGGCGAUCCCCGAUAGCUACGUUGGCAAUACCACGGCUAUCAACGGGACAUACAACGUUUCCUCAUACGACUGGGCAGGCUUCCUCGUCGCCCGCCUCUAUGAACGAGCGGAUCCUGAUUUCGACGCUUUGGACAUCGACAUUAUGACGGAUCUUACUCGCGUGGUUUACCAAUGGGUGUACAGCACCUACUUCUCCAUCUGGCGUCACAUCUACCUUGAACCCCUCGAACACCCCAUACAUGCUACAAACAGCACCAUCAUCCAAAGUACCUGGUGCAUGGUCCCCUCCGUCCCCUCCCUCGCCAUCGCCCUCAUCAUCAUCGCCUUCGACACGCUCGUGGUCCUCCUCGUGUUCGGCACCCGAAGAGGCCGCUUCCGCGGCCCUCGUAUGCCACGCUCCAUCGGCGCCGUGAUCCCUUGGAUCGCCCACAGCCAAAUGCUGCGAGACUUCAGCAACACGCACCACUGGACGAACACAGAACGGCGUGCUCAUCUUUCGUCCCUGAACAAACGCUAUACUUUCCGCAUGUUUCUAGGUCCUGAUAGCCGGUGGCGCUUUGCGGUUGACGAGGAGCCGCCUGGACCGCCGCCUGGACCGCCUCCUCCGCCGCCGCCACCGCCUGAUGAGCCCCCUGAUCAGCCGCCCCCGCAGCCGAAUGGUAGCAAGUCUACUUCGAUCCAGCUGAAGGAACUUAUUGGCUUUCAUAGAUCUCGGGAGUGA